AUGGCUGCUACGCAGGCGAUUGAUGUUGCUCCGCAAAAGAGUACCGGCAUAGGUUAUGUUGGCCAGACAGCGGUUGCUUCCUUAUCUCAAAGCCGACCAAACUAUAGAUCCCUUGCCAACGUCAACCAGAAUGGCUGCUUCGAGUCUGAUCGGAACUGGAAGACGGUGUACCUUGUCUUGCGGCCCAACACCCUAUCGAUAUACAAGAACAAUAGAGAGACAAAACUUCGCCAUCAGGUGCAUCUAUCAGAUCUUUCGGCCGUUGCCUAUCUCAAAGAUCCCAAGCACAAGCGCGAUCAUGUAUUUGGGCUCUUCUCCCCUUCCCGCAACUAUCACUUUCAAGCGCUGUCACAGCAAGACGCCCAGGAAUGGGUCGAAACAUUACGGAGAGAAACAAGGAUAGAAGAGGAGGAGGAAAUGUUCCUCUCUAGCCCGUUGGCGCGGAGUGUGUCACCCACAGGACUAAUGUCUGCGAAAACAAGCGGCAUGCCAAACGUCUCGGAUGGUCGCGACGCAAACAGAAUGUUGUCGAGCUCGCCUGAGACGUAUGGCCCUCCAGAGCCCGGGUUCGUCAUUGACGCUGAUAAUAGACGAAGGUCAUAUUUUCUCGACUCCUCGGGCAUGUCAGGCAAUGAACUACCGUCACACUCUGACCUGUCGGAUAACGAGACACAGCGACCUCAAGGUGCGUCCGUGGACGGUCUGGCAGUAGUGAAUCUGUCGCCUGUGGGCACAAAGCUAACUUCGCAUCCAGCCACCACAAACCGUUCGGGCAGCCAAAUCAGUAUAUCCAACGUCAUGGGCAGCAGCCUUGGCGCUCCGGGAGAACAGCAUCCUGACAGAGUCAUCUGGCAAGGCCGGCUCUGGCAGCUCCGGAGUAGAGGUGUGAGGCCAUGGAGGGAAAUGUGGGGAGUACUCCGACCUAGAAACCUCAUUCUCUAUAAGGACCAGGAUGAAUAUACGGCUCAGUUGAUUCUUGAGCUCUCGGCUGUUGUCGAUGUUGUGGAUACAGAUUCUGUCAAGAACAAGGACAAUUGCGUACAGAUCAUUACGGAAGAGAAGAGCUACAGGUUCUGUUUCCAUGACGAAGAGACGCUAGUACAAUUCAUUGGCGCCUUUAAGAGUUUGCUUGCGAAGCGGCGAGGGUUCGAGGCGAGGACGGUUGCUUCGUCCUUGUGA